GACGCGCGGCCGGCUUCGAGGCGGUUGUUCUCUCGCCUCGCCCCACCCUCUCUCUCCCCCUUCACGGAAACGACAGCUGCGGCGGCGGGGCUGGCGCCGCCUCCCUCCACCUACCACGUCUGCCCCCGCCACUCUCGCCCGGCGCCCCAGCCCGGCCGCGGCGCCUCCGUCUCCCCGCUAGGUCAGCCGGCUGCUCCGCCCGGCUGACGCCCAGGAUGAACAUCAUGGACUUCAACGUGAAGAAGCUGGCGGCCGACGCGGGCACCUUCCUCAGUCGUGCAGUGCAGUUCACAGAAGAAAAACUUGGCCAGGCAGAGAAGACAGAAUUGGAUGCUCACUUAGAGAACCUCCUUAGCAAAGCUGAAUGUACCAAAAUAUGGACAGAAAAAAUAAUGAAACAAACUGAAGUGUUAUUGCAGCCAAAUCCAAAUGCCAGGAUAGAAGAAUUUGUUUAUGAAAAACUGGAUAGAAAAGCUCCAAGUCGUAUAAACAACCCAGAACUUUUGGGACAAUAUAUGAUUGAUGCAGGGACUGAGUUUGGCCCUGGAACAGCAUAUGGUAACGCCCUUAUUAAAUGUGGAGAAACACAAAAACGAAUUGGAACAGCAGACAGAGAGCUGAUUCACACAUCAGCCUUAAAUUUUCUCACUCCGUUAAGAAACUUUAUAGAAGGCGAUUACAAAACAAUUGCUAAAGAAAGGAAACUGUUACAAAAUAAGAGACUGGAUUUGGAUGCUGCAAAAACAAGACUGAAAAAAGCAAAAGCCGCGGAAACUAGAGCAUCAUCUGAACAGGAAUUAAGAAUAACUCAAAGUGAAUUUGAUCGUCAGGCAGAGAUUACCAGACUUCUGCUGGAGGGAAUCAGCAGUACACACGCCCAUCACCUUCGCUGUCUGAAUGACUUUGUAGAAGCCCAGAUGACUUACUACGCACAGUGUUACCAAUACAUGUUAGACCUUCAAAAACAACUGGGAAGUUUUCCGUCCAAUUAUCAUUCUAACAACAACCAGACUUCUGUGGCACCUAUACCAUCUGCUUCAUCAAAUGUGAUUGGUUCCUCUGCCUUGACUUCAACAAGUAGCCUAGUAAUCACCUCUCCUUCCAACCUCACUGACCUGAAGGAGUGCAGUGGCAGCCGGAAGGCCAGGGUUCUCUAUGAUUAUGAUGCUGCAAACAGUACUGAAUUAUCACUUCUGGCAGAUGAGGUAAUCACUGUUUUCAGUGUCGUUGGAAUGGAUUCAGACUGGCUAAUGGGUGAAAGGGGAAACCAGAAGGGCAGGGUGCCAAUUACCUACUUAGAACUGCUCAAUUAAAUAGGUGGACUAUUGAAAGAUACCAUAUUUAUAUACAGUUAACUCUUAAUAAAGCAGGUUUAAGUAUCUUUCAUGUUAAUGUCUUAAAAAACUGAAAAGAAAAUACCAGCCAUCAGAAACUGGCCUUUCUGCCAAUAAAAUCGCAUGGUGAAUAUUUCAUUACAAAAGUUAUGUUAGAGCUUUCAUGCCAAGAAUGUUUUGUUACAAAAUUCUCUUUCUACUGAGGUUUCACUAAUACGUAGCUUCUACUUUUGAGCCCCAAGUUAAAGCAGAAGAACUGUUUUCUACUGGAUUUUUCAUUAAUGGCAAGCUUUUUCUUUUAUGUAAAAUAAAUUUAUUGUGAAUUGGUA